AUGCAAGAAAAUAGGUGUUUUGUUAGUCCUAAGUCUCACCCUAUCUACAUAGAAGAACAGAAAUACACUGACGCUCGAAAGGGUGAUGCUCUACUAGUAGAAGCAACGGAGAAGCGCAGUUUUAAGAUUGCACUUAACUCCGUUGGUCCUCCGGUGGUAGUGAACACGAUAAAGCAGAAAUUCCAUGACGGAGAAACGAGCAUGUUCUAUGCAAUUCAAAGGUGGAUCUCAUACACGGUGGGUAAGCGACUUUUUUACUUGAAGAUAACUGAGAAUUGCAAAGCUGGUCUUGUAUACUCGGUAUACAUCGAUCUCGGGGAAAAAUCUGGAACGGGUUCUUCUGCUCAUUUCAACCUCAAGUUCAUAGGAAACGACAGGUACGGUGUUCUGUGUGACAUGGACUACAAUUUCUUUGGCUCGUCACCGUACGAUACGCGUAAGAAGAGUUAUUGCGUGCCACCUUUGGCAGAGACGGAGCUUGUGUGCUACACGUGGCGUGAGACGGGUGAUGCAAGCUGUUUCACUCUGGAAAAGAAGAGGGGCGAGAGUGAGGUGGUGGAGAGGGUGAAGGCGGCACACAACUUUGCCGUUGGGCACGAAACUGUGGAUGUGACGGUGGAAAUAAGAAAGGACAGAAGAGGAGGGUUGAGUGUGGAGGUUGAAGGGCCUCUGAAGCUUACUGUGGAGCAUGCGGAUCGUGUGUGGGGCGAAAUCAAGGAGAAAAUGGAAAGUAAAAUGGUGGAAAGUGAGAUCUGGUUUCACAGAUUCGCCUCCGGUGUACCACCUCCGACUAGUGACGACAGUGGUAGGAUCUCCAUAUCCAUUGAUAGACUGGCUCUUACCUACUAUCCCACUGGUUCUAACACGCAAUUGUUACAAACUCCAAGAUAG